AUGGACCCUGCCUCCGACGAAGUCCCGCCUUCGGAGCGGCCCUCCACUGCACCCGGUUGCGCAGGUCUGGCGACGCGAGGCCCUGCGAUACGCAGGAAACGAUUCUACUUGAUUCGCCACGGCCAGUCGAUGAACAACGCAGUAUCUCUGAACGACCAGGCGCCGACUGACGACGUCUCGGCGUCGCCCCGCCCGGCGGCUCUGGAGCCACUUGGACCCUCAACCGCGGCUGGCGAAUGCGCGGCCGGAAGGCGUCCAGCGCCUUCUGCGUCUCCUGCGCCAGGAUCUCCGCCGUCAGAGGAGAGUUUCGGCCCUUGCGGAACCGCCGACGACGACGCCACGCGCCGCAUCAGGGCGACAGGGCGCGCGCCCGACCCCCCCUAA